AUGACAUCUUGUUCAGACUUAAAUAGAAUUGAAUGUCGACCAAAUACCAAGGUCGUACCAUUUCCAAUAUCAACAAGUAAGAAACUUGUUGAACCAUUUAAUCGUCUUAAAAAUCGAGCUAAUUUAUUUCGUCGAAAAAAUUAUUCAUCCCAACUUGAUUUAAGUUCAUAUUCAAUUGAUAAUCGUUCGUCUUCAAAUACUGAUCAUAUUGUUCCAUCACAUCAAGUAUCAAUAACAAAUUUUCAUAAUACUGGUGAUAUUAUUCUUAAACGUUCAAAUUCUAUGAUAUGUCCACAACAACAUUUACAAACAUUUUUAAAUCAAAAUAAUAAUAAUAAUAAUAAUAAUUAUAUAAAUCAUCGUAAUUCAAUUUGUGUUCAAUUAGCUGGUUGUUCAACAGACGAAAGUUCAACAGACGAUAACCAAUUAGUUAAAUCAUCAUCAAAUCGUUAUUGGUCUAAGUCAUUUUCAUCAAAAAUGAAUGAUAUUGACGAAAACGAAAUUUUAUCAUCUAAUCAACCAUCGACUAUAAUUGAAGAAUCCAAUAUUAAUCAUAAUAAUGAAAAUGAUCAAGAAGAAAAAGUAUUGUCAUCAUUACCUAACAAUAAUAACAACAGUGAACAUACGUCUGCCAUUCUUCCAUUAUCUCAGUCAACUAUGGAUGUUAUUAUAAGAGAAAAAGAAGAUAAAGAAAAACAACAAGAACAGAUAUCUUCAACGACUAUUCCAACUUCUAUUAUAUCUUCAUCUCAUUCAUCAUCAUCACCGUCAUCGACAGUUAUAUUACGAGAUCAUGCUGAAACAAUUCGUACACGUCGUCAGUGCCAUUCAAGUAUAUCUCUUCUACAACAUCAACAACGACAACAAACUUUAUCAACAUCUUUUGAAGAACCAUUUUAUGAUUGUAAACAACAAACAUUAACAAAAAAAUCCAAUCAAAAUUUAGAUAUGUCUUUAAAUAAAAUUUCAACAUGUACAAUGACUGGUAAAUCAUUAAAUAAUCUUGAUGAAUCUUUAUCAACAAUAUCAUCCGAAGAAAAAGGUGUACAAACAACAUUAAAUGAAUCAAUAAAUACAAAUACUUGUAUUAAACGAGCUAUUUCUUCAACGAGUUUAUCAUCAUCAUCAACAUCUAUGCAAACAGAUUCACUUGAAAAAAAACCUAAAAUGCCUAUAUCAACAACAAUAGAUGAAACAACAUCAACAAAUGAUAUCGAUACAUCAACACAUUUAAAUAGUCAAUAUCAAACUGACUCACAAUAUAAAUGGCCACAUAUACAUGAAAGAUUACUUGGUGAACAAGCAUGUAUUUAUUGGGUUAAUUAUUUAGGUUCAACAGCAAUUAAAAUGUUAAAUGAUGGUACAACAGCUAUGCCAUCACAAGCUAUUGCACGAUUGAAACAAUCAACACAAUAUGCACGUGUUUUACCAAUAAUUGGUUUAAGUAUAUCAUCACGUGGUGUUGAAUUUUUAAAACAUGCAAAAGAUCGUAUUGUUAUAUGUUUUCAUGAUAUUAAAUCAAUACAUUGUGCAUGUCAAGAUGAAGAUUUACGUUAUUUUGCUUAUGUUACACGUGAACAACGUCUUACUCAUGGUAUAACACAUGGAACAUCAAAUACUAAUACUAAUUCUAUUCUUGAUAAUAAACAACAAACACCACCAUCGCCAUCAUUUUCAAUAGGUGGUGAAUAUCAUCAUUAUUGUCAUGUAUUUGUUGUCAAAAGUGAAGCUAUGUCAACUGAGAUUAUGUUAACAUUUGGUCAAGUAUUUGAUAUAGCUUAUCGACUUCAUCGUCGUUUAAAAUUAAAUGGUAAAAAACCUAAAGAUACACAUUCAUUAUUAUCAUCUGUUAAUAAUGUUGAACGUCAUCGUCAACUUGAAGUUAUUCGUCUUUCGACUAAGUCUGAUAUUAAACAUAAUAAUAAUAAUAAUAAUAUUAAUAAUAAUAAUGUUAUUAUGUCAUCAUCAACACAUUCACCAACAGCAUCAUCUUCAUCAUCAUCGACGGAUGAUCGAAAAAUAUUUAUUUAA